AUGAAGCUCGACAUGUUCCGCUCAACAGUAUCGUACACCAUACACUCGCCGUACGAGGUGUCCACCAGCGAUCAGCUGUUCACCCAUGUGGAGGAGUCGGAUGAGCUGGUUGCCGUGUACAGUGUGCUCGAGACGGUUGCCAACGAGCGGCUGAAGGAUCUGACAGUACGACAGCGCAAAUGUUACUUUUACGAUGAAGCAUAUGAAAAUUUACAGUUCUACAGCUACAACCUCUGCAUCAUGAACUGCCGGGCAAAGCGGGCACUCGCCGUCUGUCAGUGUCGGCCCCACUUUUACCCAUUCGCCGAGGGGCCACCGUGCACCGUGGCUGGGCUGCACUGCCUGCAGCAGCAUCCCGACUGGAGCAACGAUGCGGACUGCAAUUGUUUAAAGCCCUGCACUGACGUGGGCUAUUACGUUGCGUCGCUCAGCAAAACGCAGUGGACGGCCGAAGGAGGCAUACCGUUCACGCACAAAGCAUCGUUACGGUGGGAAAUCCUCCAGCCCAAGACGAGACUCCGGCGAGUGCUCAUCUUCAGCUACGAAGAUUUGCUUGUAUCGGUCGGUGGUGCGAUAGCGUUGUUUUUUGGAAAGAAUGGGUUUUACUUGUCAAAAAUUAUAGAAUUUCUAUCCAUCGAGCUGGGCGGUUGGGUCCGGAGGAAGUACAUCAAGCGCAAAGAAAGAAAGAGAAAACGAAAACAUGCUAUACAAUUAGUUACUCCCAAGUAGAAACGCGUUGAAAUAAUGCAGUAUUUUGUUCAUCGAUCUGGAUUUAUUGCACUCAUUAAUAGUUCUGUUUUCAUUGAUUAAUUUUUCACUUCUAUUAAAUGUCUCAAACAGCGAGUUAAAUUAGUGAAUUUAAUAGUUUAAUUUUAUCCUCAGUACAUUUGAAUCCAGAAAUAAAGUAACGAUCUUACUAUAUACUGUGGGAUUUUCGCAUUUGAAUGUAGGCCUUUUCCAUCUUGCCACAGUGUAUACCGCAUAUACCCACUGCA